ACCAGCUUCCUGCUAACGCUCCUGGGAAGGCAGUGGAAGGUGUCUCAGGUACUUGGGCUCCUGCCACCUAUAUGGGAGACCCAGGUGGAGUUCCUGGCUCCUGGCUUCAGCCUGGCCCAGCCCCUGCUGUUGGGGCCGUGUGAGGAGUGAACCAGCAGAUGGAAGGUCUCUCCCUCUCUCUCUCUCUCUCUCUCUCUCUGUCACUCUGCCUUUCAAAUAAAUAUUCUUAAGUACUCUCACCCCAUCUUUGUUUUUAGAAGAUUCCUGGGGAUUAUCAUUUUAAAGUUAGUUUGUGCAGUUUAUCUAGGAAAGAUGACAAGCGUAACCUGAUCCUUCUCCUUGUCCUUGAUUUCAGCCUAGAUCGGUUGGUCUGUUCAUAUGGUCGGCAGCGAUGCCUUUGUCAUCUAGAAAAUGAAAAAAAUCAUCUGAUCCUCAUGCUCACAGCUUUGCUUGCACCUGUCUUUCCUCUGGGACCCCCAGCUGACCCAGCUAGCCCAAGAAAGCCCCAGCCAGAGUCUCUUCCCCUUUAUCUCUUCCUGAAACUCUUCCACCCCUUCUCUCUUGCAGAUUCUUGCUAAAAACGACCCUACCCAGAAAGGCUUCCCCGACCGCUCUGUGAUAAGUAGCACAUGGGCAUCAUAGCUCCAGGACCUUGAACUCACAACUCAGUCUUUCUUUGGCUCAUGCUCUGCACUUGCACAGGUCUUGCUCCAUGAGGGUGGCAGCUCCAUCUUCGCACACCUGCCAGGACCCAACCCUCUGGGUUCAUUCAUUCUCCGUCUUCACUCCUCUUCAUGUUACAGAACACUCUGCUGGGCAGCCUUGUGGUCUUCGCCAGCCUCUUGGUGUUGUGCAACACGCAGUGCUAUGUCGAACUCUACGACAAGAACCCGGAGGAUCCCCCUGAUGAAUGCAGGGACCUUGAUGGAGUCACACACAAGCUGAACGUGGAGUGGAAGACUGAGAACUGUUACACAUGUAGUUGUGAUGAGACUGGAAUUCAUUGCUGCAACACUGCUGCCAUCCCCGGAGGUUUUGAUACCACAAAGUGCAAGACGAUCUUCCACAAGAACACUUGCAGCUACUCCGUGGUGGAGCUGGAGAACCCGGACAAGGAAUGUCCAGUCAGCUCGUGGAUCCUGUGAAGAGCUAGCGGCCCCAGGUCCUCCCGCGGGCCCGGACAGCCCGAUGUACAGCCCUGCUUAUCAGUAAAGCAUGUGUGGAGCAAUCACUCGGCUGUGUAUGCAUUGAUUGCGCAUUUUAAAGCAUGUGAACUGAAGAGAAGAAAAGUGGAAUAAAGGUUAUGCCCAUGUGCCCGCACCCAGCGUCCCCCGUCCCAGCGCCGGGCCACCCCUGUGGUUUCUGCCUGCGGCCUGCUCUCUGCUGGGCAAUGAACACAGUCUAUGAGUCUUUGGGAUGAGAUGGAUCCUUUCCCUGUUUGGGGGUGUUUGUGUUUAUCCUCCCUUCCCCUUCAUGGGCGAGGGGCCUCUCUCUCUGCUGUGGCUCCCCACGAGCUGCUGUGUUUGCCUGAGGAUAGAACAGGUCAGAGCAAGGCAGCCGGGAGAAGUGUCCAAGUCCUGGUACAGCACAGGGUUAAAGAGGCCAAGGCUGAGAGGGCGUGGCCUGAGGGAGCCAGGGCUGAUGGGUUGUGGCCUGGGGAAGCCUGGGCUGAGGACCUGGCCUGGGGCAGCCAGGGCUGAAGGGGUGUGGCCUAGGAGCAGCUGGGGCUGAGGGGCAUGGCCUGAGGAGUGAGGGCUGAAGGGCGUGGCCUGGGGCAGCCAGCUCCCCUCCCAGACCACUGAAAACAGUGACUUAAAAAUGCACUGUCAACUUCUGUUCAGCUGGGCCAGGCAGUGAAGGGGCACUGGCUGGGUAUACGUGACAGGUCACCAACAAGCCACUGGCCAUCGGCCUCACAGCGUGUGGGCAGCUGAUAAAGAGCAUUCUCUCCCCUCUGGCCCGGCCCCAUCUAUGCAAACAGGCCACGUGGACGCGCUGAGCAGUGCAGCCGGGCCCCUCGGCGUCUUUGUCCACUCUAGAUCGUGACUUCAGUUAUGUCCAAGCCUUCCUGCAAACUCCGCGCCUGCGUCACGGGCAUAGCCGUGGGCUUCUGGAACAUUCCCCUACUGAGCCCCUCUCCACAGCUCACCUUCUGUAUCCCUGCCGGUGCCUCCGCCACUUUCUACUCGGGCUGCCUUGCCCCUUGUUGAGUGGGACCCAUAAGACCCCCUUUGGGGGCCGUCAUUGUGGUGUGCCGGUUCGAGUCCCAGCUGCCCCACUUCCUAUCCAGCUCUCUGCUAUGUCCUGGGGAAGCAGUAGAAAAUGAUCCAAGUCCAUGGGCCCCUGCACCCACUAGGGGGACCCAGAAGCUCCAGGCUCCUGGCUUCAUCCUGGCUCAGCCUUAGCCAUUGAAGCCAUUUGGGUAGUGAACCCGCAGGUGGUGGACCUCUCUCUCUCUCUCUCUCUCUCUGUAACUCUGCCUUUCAAAUAAAUGAAUUAAU